AUGAUGGAGAGGAUAAGAAAAGAGAUGAUAUUGAUGGAGAGAGGUCUCCACAGUCCCGUCGCAGGGAAGAGGCUCGCAGACACGCCUGGAAAUUCAGUGCUGGAGGCCCUGGAAAACUCUCAGCACAGCGGACGGCUAAGCCCGAGAAUAACUUCGGCUUCUCUCCAUGGAAAUCUGGGGGACAUCCCGACGAAAGGCAAAUUUGAAAUUGACAGUCUUUUCGGUACACACCACAACAGUGAAAAUACCUCUUCGGCGGAAAUUUCAUCGUCAGAAAGCAGAAAGAAAAUGAGCCUUUACUCCGAAGUUUCACCAGAUUCAGAUAUUAACAGUGAUGUGGAGGUGGGAUGCCCUGCGCAUCGCUCCCCGAGCCAGCACAAAGAAAAUAAUAAAGGUUUUUCAGACAGCAAUUCUGGAUCUUCCAACACAAGCUCAAACUCCCUCGCGAAUAUGAACGGUAAUUCAACGGGAGGAUCAAAUUCCGACCAAGUGAGGAGGUAUCGGACAGCUUUCACCAGAGAACAAAUCGGAAGACUGGAAAAAGAGUUUUACAGGGAAAAUUACGUUUCGAGACCAAGAAGAUGUGAAUUAGCCGCAGCGCUGAAUCUGCCCGAGACUACGAUUAAGGUGUGGUUCCAGAACAGGCGGAUGAAGGAUAAAAGGCAGCGUUUGGCGAUGUCCUGGCCCCAUCCAGCAGACCCCAGCUUCUACACUUACAUGAUGACGCACGCGGCAGCUACAGGAAGUCUACCUUACCCUUUCCACUCGCACAUGCCUCUACAUUACUACCCGCACGUCGGUGUCACGGCGGCUGCUGCUGCUGCCGCCGCCACCGGUGCCGCCUCGUCACCUUUCGCCACUUCCAUCCGCCCCCUCGAUACUUUCCGAGCACUCUCCCACCCCUACUCACGGCCAGAGCUCCUGUGCAGCUUCAGGCACCCAGGACUCUACCAGUCACCCGCGGGCCUGAAUAGUUCAGCAGCGGCAUCGGCGGCGGCUGCUGCGGCGGCAGCGGCGGCGGCGGUCAGCGCCCCGUCAGCCACCGGGCCUUGUUCGUGUCUCAGCUGCCACAGCAGCCAGGCGGCGAGCGCGCUGGGUUCAAGGAGCGGGAGUGCUGACUUUACCUGCACAGCUUCCGGGCAAAGAUCCGAGAGUGGAUUUCUGCCGUAUUCUGCUGCUGUUCUCAGCAAGACCUCAGUCCCGUCACCAGACCAACGAGAAGAAACUUCACUUAACAGAUAA